AUGGCUUCUUCGUCGUCAUCUCACCAGCAAAAUCCGGAAUUAAAAGCUUUCUCUGGAAUAAAACCUGCCGGCAUAAGAAGGAAGAUUUCUGAAUCUUCAAGACUGUUCGACGUGUUCAUCAACCAUAGAGGCCCUGAUGUCAAACAAACUUUGGCUACUCAACUUUACAACUCCCUUGAGCAGCUGGGAAUACGGACGUUCCUUGAUUCCAAAGAGAAAGAACUAGGAAAUUCGUUUCCUUCUACUAUUGAGACAGCCAUCCGCUCUGCAAAGGUACACAUAGCUAUUUUUUCCAAAGGAUAUGCAGAGUCACCUUGGUGUUUGGAUGAGCUGCUUCUCAUGUUAGAAACUAAGGCCAAAAUUAUCCCUAUAUUUUAUCAAGUGAUGCCUUCUGAUCUCCGCCACAUAGAAAGUGGAGUAUAUGCUGGUGCAUUCAUUAAAUAUGAAAAAAAGGGCAGAUAUGUUGAGAAGCUUGGUGAGUGGAAGGAAGCUCUUCAGUCUCUUUCAUUUAUAGCUGGAGAAGAAUUUCAAAGUGACUGCAAAAACAUAGUUGCAACAGUGCAAAAGGAAUUAGAAAGGAAAAGAUAUUUACACGUCGCCACACAUCCAGUGGGGCUUAAUAAUCUUGUGAAAGAUUUUGAGAUGCGAUGCCUUGAAGAACUUGCACAAGAUUUUGAAAACCAAUGCGGGUUGAAAGAAGGGAAGCAUAGCGCCAAGGUAGUUGGCAUUUUCGGCAUGGGUGGAUCGGGGAAAACAACUCUCGCUAAAGAGUUGUUUAAUCGAAAGAUUUUGAGUUACUCUAGAGCAAGUUUUUUGUUUGAUGUGCGAGAAGCAUCUUUGAGAAACCAGUUACAUUCUUUGCAACUUAAGCUUCUGAAAGAUCUCUUUCAGAAUCAUGAUCUCAGAUUUACGAGUCCAGAGGAAGGAACAAGCUAUCUCAAAGAUAGUUUUCAAAGGAGCCUUCAUUUAAGCUUCCUAAUUGUUGUAGAUGAUAUCGACUAUGUGGAACAGUUAAAUGCUCUAGCGGUCAUGGAUAUCCUAAAUAAUAUUGGUGAUAGUCUUGUUAUUGUCACAACCCGUGACGUUGGGGUGCUUAUAACUGCAGGGAUUACCGUCGGUUAUAAUUUAAGAGGAAUGGAUAGAAAUUAUGGUAGAGAACUCUUUUGCUGGCAUGCCUUUGGCCAACCCCAUCCAUCUAGCGGGUAUGAGAAGCUGGUUGACUCCUUUGUUGAUGUUUGUGGAGGGUUGCCUCUGUCCCUUCAGGUACUGGGCAGGCAUGUUCAUGGUAGAAAUAAGGAUUAUUGGAAUUUGGAAUUAGUUAAAGUUAGAAAAACUCUUCCUCGAGAUAUAAAGAACAGACUGAGAAUAAGUUUCCAUGCAUUGGAUGAUGAAGAAAAACAGGUUUUUAUGGAUAUUGCUUGCUUUUUUAUAGGCGAAGCUAAGAGUAUAGCUGAAAGGUUAUUGAAGGGAUCAGGAUGGAACGCUCAGCAUGCACUAGCAACACUAAAAAAUAAGUGCCUUGUAGAAGAAAUCAAACUUAGGAGUCGGAAAGGAGAAGUGACGAUUGGAUUGAGAAUGCAUGACCACCUGAGGGACUUGGGAAGAGAAAUGGCACUUGAGCUCAGCCCUCCUCAUCGCCUGUGGCGUCCUCAAGAUCUGAAAGUUUUGGAAUCAAUGGGUUUCAAAUUAAUACUCGCCAAAACCAACAUCAGGUGUUACCAUUCCAUUUUCGACAAGUCUUUGGGUUCUCAAGUUACGUUCUUUGUAGGCCAACCACGUACUUGGCUUGAGACAUCAGCUUCCUUACUAUGGCUCCAGCUAGAGGGCAAUUCCGGAGAACAACCAUGCAUCCCUUCUUGGAUUCCUCUUCAGAAUUUGCAGCGUUUGACAAUCAAAGGUGGGCAACUCAAGACGUUGUGGGAGAAUCCCGUACAGGCACCCUCUCAGUUGAAGGAGCUGCAAAUUUGUGAAACCUCUUUGAUAGAGUUUCCAGAUUUAUUGGGAGUAUCAAAAGAUAGUUUAGAAAAUAGAGGAAAGUCCAGUAGUGUCAAGACCCCGAAGACUGGCCUUGAGAAACUAGAGAUCGGUGGUGAAAAAUUUGUAUCUAAGCUAUUAAUCAGUGGAAUCCACUAUCACAGCCUUAAGUCAAUCAAACUUCAUGGAAUGGAAAAUCUUAAGGAAUUGAAUUUAAUAAGGGUAAAAACAUUAAAUUGUCUUGAUAUUAAAAAUUUUGUAAAACUCAAAAGAUUGAUAGGAACAUCCGAUCUUACAAAUCUUGUGCUAUUAAACAUUAAUCAAUGUCCAGACCUUGAGUUUGAGGACUUGCGUCUCAUGGGUAUGAAGUGUCUGGAGGGGAUAACAUUCGAUAGAAAUGUAAAGCUAAAAUAUUUUGAGUUGGGGGAUUGUCAAAAUUUGAAAUCAAUAGAUUUUGGUUGUGAAGAGCUUGUAGAAUUAACCAUUCGGGGUUGUCCAGAGCUUGUGGAGUUGCCAGCUUUUUAA